AUACGGGUAGAUGUAGAUGGUUCUGGCGUAUGUACGUGAACGUGCCAUCGCAUCCGGAUAACCUGAGGCCGCGACACUCGACCCUCAGCAUAUUAUCGAUUAGGUACUAAGCUAUCAUUUCUAAUAGACGUAAAUACUAGUGAAUCCGCGAUAGCAUUGUUCGGAGAACGAGUGACUUGCAUUGUAGUGUCUCCGAGUAUACACCACUGAAUCAACUGGAUUAGAAUUUGAUUUUGAAUUCAUGUUUGGAUCAUAGAUAAUAAUAUCACAUAGUUUCCAGUAUUUGUGCCCGGUUAAAGGCAAUUGGGUCGCCCACUAUUACAUGGAUGUGUACAUACUAUACACCUUUGCCUAACUGGAAUACCUCCACGCAUGUUGCUAUAUUGUUAUACGUAAAUACAAGUAACGCCCAGCCUAUUUUCCGAAGCUAUUAAUAUUAACAGAACAAAACAAAUCUAUGUUUAUCUCAGCUUUAUUACUAAGUAUCAUAUUAUAACAUCUUAUUACUAGGUACUUAAUGCAAAUAAGAAACAACACCAUCGAAGGCAAUGCUUACUUGAUACAAUUGCAAUUACUUUACAUUUAAAUAAAUUCUUUACAUUGACCAAGACAUGACCAUAUAGAUUUUUUAUGAAGAUUUUUUGUAAUGACAAUAUAAACCAUGGACUGCAGAAGAUGUUUAGUUCUUCAUAAAAACCAAUGGGACCGCUUAAAGAAACAAGGGGGUGAGAUUGAGAAACCGCCUGAAGAUGUUCACUUCCAGCAGAGGAUAGAAUACGUGAAGGCGAUGGAUGAACGAUCGCUAAAAUGGAAACAAAAUUGGCCAGAUACUGUUGAGGGUGUCAUAAAAAAAUUGGUAGAAAGUAAAAAGAACCAGCGCAAAAAAGACGUAGCAUUCGUUAAGGCUUUCAGGGAGUCAGAGGAUGCCAAGAUACGGCAGGAUUACUCCGCCAUUGCAGAAGCCAAGGAGAAGAUAUUCAACUCAACCUGCUACGGCAUAGAGCUGAUAAGUACUCUCCUUGAAUCAAAAGUAAUUGAAGAGAGAGAGGCCCAGAUUGAGUUUAGAAACGUAAUAGCAAAAGACAAGAAGGAACAAGAAGAUGCAUUGCAGGCCAAGAUAGCCUCAAUGAGUAACAAUCUUUACGACUUUUACAAGAAAGAUGAAGAUGCUGCUGCAAAGAGGAAACAGGAUACCGAAGGACACGCGAAAAUUAAUAAAAUUAUGCAUGAAGAACUAACAGAAAAAAAUAAAAAAGCAAAACAAGAGGAGCAACGAUUAGAACUUGAAGAUACAAGGCUGAUGAAACAAUUAUUGGAUUUUGAGAAACACGAAAAGGCUAAUUGCAAAGAACAGCGCAUAAGAGAAUAUGACCAGUACUUAGAAGAUCAGAGAGCAUUCCAAGAAGCCAAGAAGAAGCGGGAACAACUCGACGACGAGCUUACUGCAAAGUGGCGGAGCUACCAAGAUCGCAUACGGUGCCGGGAGAGACGUGUGUGGCAGGAGAUUAUAAACGAAAAGACAACAUCUAAUCAACACAAACAGCUUUACGAAAUGAUACAGAAAGUACAUGAAAAUGAAAAUAAAACCUAUGAAGACUUUGUCAAUAAAGGGAUCAAGAAAGCUGAAGAACGUAUUUUGGAGGAAGAUACAAACCUUGCAAAGAAGGAAAAGUUACUUAGCGAAAGAUUGCAUAAACAAAUGGCUGAAACCAAGCGUUCUGUUGAAGAAGUAGAGAAACUAAAAAGAAACUGCAACAUACUCUAUUGCGAUAGAACGUGUAUCAUUCCUAAAUCUUCACAUAAACUUGUGGAUUCUGAUUCGAAAGACAAAGAUGUACAAAAGCCUGUCUCGUUCCUCGCUCCGAAGAACAAGUUGGUUGAAGCGCUGAAGAAGCGCGAGCAGCAGCCGAGUGAGUGGACCGCGCUGAAGGGCUCGCACCAGUACUUUGCUGACAAGGCGAACAGCAUUUUGAAAGAGUGCAAGCACAAGAAGAUGGCUCAAAAAGUCGUUGACAACUACAGAAAAGUAACUGGCAUGGAUUCUACCAUUUUACCUAUUCCAAACUAUUAAAUUUUGUAUUUGAUGUUUAUAUGAAAGAUUUGAAAUAAAAGAUAGAUUCGAC